AUGUUCAGCUUCGAAUGGAGAACGUUUUUAUUCAGAGACACCCUACAAAGUACGUUGGUCGCAAUCACUUGUCUAAUUGUGUUCUUAUGGAUAUGGGAAUCUUGGGAUCGGAUCACGCAAAGGAGGAAUAGCCCGCCUGGACCAUGGGGCUGGCCCAUGAUAGGAAAUUUAUUCCAAAUGGGGAAGGACCCCUACGUGACUUUCACCAACAUGCGUGACAAAUAUGGAGACAUAUUUAGCUUCAAACUAGGCAGGUAUAACACGGUUGUACUGAACGGGGUUAACACGAUAAGAAAGGCUCUUGUAAAUCAACCAGAAGCAUUCGCAGGACGUCCGGACUUUCAUUCUGUAAGGUACAUAUCCGGAGGAAAGUCCCUCUCUCUUAGUGCGUACGGUCCCAGGUGGAAACUACAUCGUCAAAUCGCUGGAAAAGCAAUGAGAAAGCUUAUCCAGAACCGCCGUAAUCCGAUAGAGGAUGUCAUUUCCCAUGAGGCAAGACAUUUAGUUGACAGUCUCCUUCACAAUGACCUCCAAUUUGAUCCUACCAGAGAAAUCUACCUUUCUGUUGGUAGUAUCAUAUACACUAUUUGCUUUGGUGAUGACACCGCUAGUCGCAACGAUAAAGACUUUGUCCUUUUCUUAGAGAAUUUCAAAGACUUCAUCGACUAUUUCACAACUGGCAACCUGGUGGAUAUUCUUCCAUGGACACGUUAUUUUACUCGGGGAAAAAUUGAACGUUUUAUCGAGAUCAACAAAGUAAGAGAGACUUUGCGUAGAUCCAAAGAGCAUGAAAUUCGUCAACGUUUUGACCCCGAUAAUCUUAAUGGUAUGACUGAUGCCUUAAUCAAAGCCACUCUCGAUACGGACGAUGAGCUUAAGGAGGCUGUUGGACUUACAGACGACCAUAUCCUAAGCACGAUAGAAGGACUUAUAGGGGCGGGCUUCAGCACGGUGGCAACAACGUUAUCUUGGAGCGUUCUAUACAUGGCUGCGCAUCCUGACAUACAGACGGAUGUUCAGAACGAACUAGAUAAGGUCAUAGGGGACAGAGACCCUUGCGCUAGUGAUAGAUACGAUCUUCCAUUCACAGAUGCUUGCAUUACUGAAAUUUUACGCCAUUCAUCCAUUCUACCACUCUCCUUACCACAUGCCACAACACGUGAUGUCAUCCUUGACGGUUUCGAUAUUCCGAAAGACACCCUAGUUCUUAUCAAUCUGUGGUCUUUAACACGUGACCCUAGCGUCUUUGAGGAUCCAGAAACGUUCAACCCUCGUAGAUUUCUAACAAAAGAUGGCGCUUUAGACAAAGUCAAAAUGGACAUGUUUCUUCCAUUUGGGGCAGGUAGACGUCGCUGUAUGGGAGAAUAUCUUGCAAAGCUAGAGGUGUUUUUAUUCUUUACAAUGCUGUUAAAAAAGUGCACCAUACAAAAGCCUAGUAACGUAAAGAUAAACUUUGAAAGGACGUUUAGACUUAGUUUAGAUCCUAAUCCAUUUGAAGUAAUGAUACAUCUAAGACGACAGAACUAGUUAAUUAAUUCAAUUUGACAUUUGAUUUGCUCAGAAGACGCAUCAGUUGGCAGUUUGUUAAGUAAUACCAAAUUCGAUUCAUAAAUCAACAUGAUUUCCUCGAGGCAUUUAAACAAAAAAUAAUGUCCAUUUAUCCCUUAGAGAAUGCCAAGUGAGACGUCUUUUAAUAAGGGUAAUAUAACAUAUUACGUGGUGUCAAAAACAAUGGUACUUCCUUCUACCGCUAAAAUUCUAAAUGACACGUUAUAUGUCAUAUAUCAUUUUACAGAGAAUUGAGUAUGUCCUCACCAGAAGGUAUAGUGACAUAUAUGUAUAUCUUUUUUUCGUUUACUAAGUAUAUAUUUUUUUCAGUAAC